CAAAUUUACAAAAAUUAAAAACAAAAACCAAAAACUUGCGUCAGGACAAACACCUUGGCCUGUGGCCGUCCUCCCUUUGGGUUGGGUACCCGUCUGUAGUUGGUAUCUUCUUCCUAGGCUUCAGUCAGCUUAUUUUCAUCCUUAGGCACAGUUGCCAAUAAUCCUACAGGUGAGAACAAAGGUCUCUAGAAAUGAGUUCUUGUAACUGAGGGAGACUCCACCCAGGCCUGGGAGGGAGGGGAGCGGGAAACUUUAUCUGGUCACUGGUUCCUUCAGGCAAAGAUCAUCCAGGGACUUAACAGAUAUUUGUAAUACCGAGUGUUCGCUAGUAUACAGCUGUUAAGGGCCUUCUGUACGCAGGGCUCUUUCUAGUCUUGAGUAGUAGGAGAUUGAACUUCCUUUGAUAUACUAGGGCUGGUAGAAUUUGGGAACAAUGGCCUAGCCCCACCAUGCCAGUGACAAAUCAGUCCAUCCUGUCUGUCAGCCUUUUGGGGACUGAUGGAGGACCAAUAACAUGCCUUGUUUCCUUCCUGGGAGGUGCUAGACAGGAUCUCCUGGGACCUACUGUAGAUAAUUGGGGGUUCACUGAUAGCUCCCCACUCCUCUGAUAUCUCAUAGGAGAAUGAAACGGGGUGAAAUUAGAAUUUCAGGCUAGAAGAAGUGGAUCUUGAUACCUGUGUGCCCACUAGCCAUACCAAAUAAUUCCUAGCACCUUCAAAAAUCUGUUUUGGAAGAUCAUUUCUUUUGGCCCCUAUACUCUUAGAGCUCUGUCCCUCAGCCUAUGACGCCAUCUCAGUAUUCUAUACACGUGUGUGUACACGACUGCACCUGACGUCUGCCUAGUCUUUGCCUGAGUGCAUUUUAAGCACUCAGGUAUUUUUAGUUGUCUAGAUAGUGGUGUGUGUUUACAUAUGACUGUUUUUACUACCUACUAAUAGAUCUUUUACAGAUCUUUGUCUCUAAAGAGUUCACAGCCCUUUACUCAUUGUCUGGUUUCCCUGAAACAAAGACUUACAGAGAAGAGAGGAGGCCAUGCAAUCUCCCCUUCAGGGUGAGAAAAGCCACGUAGAGAAGCGGCGUGUGGGAGUAUUGCUCUGUGUGGAAUGGAGGAGAGAGAGAGGGGGAUCUCCUAGUUGAAGGGAUAUUCAAAGUCUUUGCCCUGCUCCCCUGUUCUAAGCCCUGGGGUUUUCUGCCUAGCUCUUUAGGGAGUGGGGUUAGAGCUGAAUGUAGAAGCAGACAGAUCUUCCCAUCUGCAUCAUCCCCCCUGUGCUGGGCCUCUCAGGGAUGAGGCUCCAUGGUGACCAUCUGCCAUUGUCCUCCCUGCCCUGUUCUUGGGAGGGGUGAGAAUGGGGUCUGGCCCCUUUCAGCAAUGCAGCUUUAGGGCCUGAUGGGGCGGAGGGCACGCCAUCCCUGGCCCGUUGCCGGGGUGACCGGGCUAUGGGCAUUGUGAGCAACUCCUCUGACAGGAUUAGGGCUAUUCCGCAUUCUUGUCAGAUGGGGAGCACAAACCGAAAGAGCCUGCUGUCCAGAGAGCUGAAGCUAUUGUCUACCUCCGGAGCCUGUGAAAGGGCAACUGAGGCGCUGAGAAGGGUAGGACUUGCCCACAGCCACUAGGAUACAACCAGAGAACCAGGCAUCCUGGGUCCUGGCUCUGUGGAUUCCAUUCACUCCACUCUAGAGAAUGCCAUGGACCAGAAAGAUGGAAGCUCUUAGGUAUUGGUCUGUAGCUCCUCUGUCUCUGUUUCCUCUGUACCCACCUUUCCUGAGCCCAGCCACAUACCAGCUGGAGGUCUUAAUCCUUUUCCACCUUUCAGACCCUGUAAGACAGGGAGCCCCGGAGGACUAUCCCUCUGUCUACUUGUUUGCUUGUUGUUGGACAAUCCUUACCUGGACUUUGAAGACUGCUCACUGGAGGGUGGCCAUCAAGUCAAUCAGGAAAGACAAAAUCAAAGAUGAGCAGGAUCUGUUGCACAUACGGAGGGAGAUUGAGGUCAUGUCCUCGCUCAACCACCCCCACAUCAUCGCCAUCCAUGAAGUGUUUGAGAACAGCAGCAAGAUUGUGAUUGUCAUGGAGUAUGCCAGCCGAGGCGAUCUGUAUGAUUACAUCAGCGAGCGGCCACGGCUGAGUGAGCGGGACGCCAGGCAUUUCUUCCGACAGAUCGUGUCUGCCCUGCAUUAUUGCCACCAGAACGGGAUCGUUCACCGGGACCUCAAGCUAGAGAACAUCCUUCUAGAUGCCAAUGGAAAUAUCAAGAUUGCUGAUUUUGGCCUCUCCAACCUGUACCAGAAAGGCAAGCUCCUCCAGACGUUCUGUGGGAGCCCUCUCUAUGCCUCACCUGAGAUCGUCAACGGGAAGCCCUAUGUGGGCCCAGAGGUGGACAGCUGGUCUCUGGGCGUUCUCCUGUACAUCCUGGUACAUGGCACCAUGCCCUUUGAUGGGCAGGAUCAUAAAGCACUAGUGAAGCAGAUCAGUAGCGGGGCUUACCGUGAGCCGCCCAAGCCGUCUGAUGCCUGUGGCCUGAUCCGGUGGCUGUUAAUGGUGAAUCCCACCCGUCGGGCCACCCUGGAGGAUGUAGCCAGUCAUUGGUGGGUCAACUGGGGCUACACCACCCGAGUUGGGGAACAGGAAGCUCUGCUCGAGGGUGGGCACCCUAGCGGUGACUCUGGCCGGGCCUCCAUGGCGGACUGGUUACGUCGCUCCUCCCGCCCCCUCCUGGAAAAUGGAGCCAAGGUGUGCAGCUUCUUCAAGCAGCAUGUGCCGGGAGGUGGAAGCACCGUACCUGGGCUGGAGCAGCAACAUUCUCUUAAGAAGUCCCGGAAGGAGAACGACAUGGCUCAGACCCUGCAGGGAGAUCCAGCUGAGGAUACCUCCUCUCGCCCUGGCAAGAACAGCCUCAAGCUUCCGAAAGGCAUUCUCAAGAAAAAGACCUCUACUUCCUCAGGGGAGGCACAGGAGGACCCUCAGGAACUCAGACCAGUGCCUGAUACCCCAGGGCAGCCUAUCCCUGCUGUAGCCCUGCUCCCGAGAAAGGGCAUCCUUAAGAAGUCGCGGCAGCGUGAAUCCGGUUACUAUUCCUCUCCGGAGCCCAGUGAGUCUGGGGAACUCUUAGACGCUGGCGAUGUGUUUGUGAGUGGGGACCCCGUGGAGCAGAAGUCUCCGCCAGCUUCGGGGCUCCUCCUCCACCACCGCAAGGGCAUUCUCAAGCUCAACGGCAAGUUCUCCCGCACAGCCUUAGAAGACACUACCCCUAGCACCUUUGGCUCCCUGGACCAACUGGCCUCCCCUCAUCCUGCAGCCCGAGCCAGCCGCCCUUCGGGGGCUGUGAGUGAGGACAGCAUCCUGUCCUCCGAGUCCUUUGACCAAUUGGACUUGCCCGAGCGGCUUCCCGAAACCCCACUGAGGGGCUGCGUGUCUGUGGACAACCUGAGGAGGCUGGAGCAGCCUCCCUCAGAAGGCCUGAAGCGGUGGUGGCAGGAAUCCUUGGGGGAUAGCUGCUUUUCUCUGACAGACUGCCAAGAGGUGACGGCAGCCUACAGACAAGCCCUAGGAAUCUGCUCAAAGCUCAGCUGAGGAGGAGAGGCAGUGCCCCAGUAUAGGGUAGGCUCUGAGAGCGUUUGCCGAGGAACCCCGGGUAGGAUCCCCCGGGGGGUGAGGUAUAGAGUACAUCAAGGGCUCUACAUGUUCAGCCUGACUGAACCUGGAAGAGGAGAGAAAUCGCACAGGUGAUGUGGGAAGGAAUGGGAAGGAGCUAGAGCCCCGGCUGCCAGCGUGUUAGAAUGGGGCCACAGUGACCUGAAAGUGCCUAACUCCUUUACGUCAUGAGCGUUGCCCAGGACAUUUCCCACCCUGUUCCCUGCCAGGGUCAGGGUGCACCUUCACAUAAGUUCCUGCUCCCAUCAACCACCAGGGUGAGAACCCCCAACUUCCUUGGAGGUAAUGUGGAGUAACCUCGUUUAUUUAAGGAGGAAAGAGCCUCUGGUCUUCUCUGUCUCUGCUGCUGUGCAUCUCAAAGACCGGGAAAGAGGCGGACUGCUGUUGGAGUUCAUCUCAAGGGGACCAGAUGCCUCUGGGCCCCACCUUAGACCUCAGAGACUUGAGCCUUGAAGCUUUUCCUGAUAUCCACACUAUGGAUGGAUGUGUCUGUUUCUCAGGCCGACAGGACCUAGAAUGUGCUGACUUAUUUAUUUUUGUGAUUCUCACUUCUGGUUUUUGUUUUGUUUGUUUUGUUUUAAGUGAAUUUUGCUGCUUUCAGUAAUGUGAAUGCUGUGUUCUGGGGGAAACCACUGUGCCAUUGAGGUUUAUGUACAGAGGGGUAUUAGGCAGUGAUACCCCUCUAAUCAAGGGGUGGGGAGUGCUUUUUCAAAUGUAUGUCCUUGAGCACCGUCUGGAUUGAGUCUCCAGUCCCUUCACACCCAAGCCUGUCCACUCUCUCUCAUCUGUGGCCAAAAACACCUCAUUAAAACCAGCAAUGGUAACUGGAAAAA